UACACGGAAGUUUGAAGAUUGAAAUUGUCCUUGAGAAAAACCCCCAAAUCCGGCAGUCCCCACUCGCUCACGGAUUCAUCCAAUCCCCAAAUUUCUCACUCGCCACUUCCCAGUUCCCAGUUCCCAUCCAUCUACCCUGGCACAGAGCUGCUCUGGUUUGCUCGAAGAGUGCCCAUCAAUGGCUGAUUUGGAGAGCCAGCCCCGGCAGCACCCAUCGAUCUUCAAGGACACGGCCCUCCAGGCCCUGAACACCAUAAUCCAGCUCCAUUUCGAGAAGACCCUCGAGAAGAAACGCGCCAUAGAUCUCCAGAAGAAGCACCUCCACAAUCUGUUCCAGCUGUUCUUCAUCUUCCUCGGCCUCAUGUUCCUGGCCCAGUCCCUGUCCCCUCGGCUCCAGUGCCGCCACUCCUGGAUCCCAAUUUCUCUCCUCUCCGUUUCCCAUCUCAGCUUCUACGUCUCCGUCGCCCACACCCUCCGCUGCAUCAACGGCUUCAAGUACCAGCGCCGCUGCCACAAGCUCACUCUCGGCCUCGCCACCCAGAAGCUCAGGGAGAUCAAGACCUCCUCCUCCGCCGCCGACGACGACGAAUUCGAGAUUCACUACCAGGAGCCGCCGGAGAGCUACUUGGGUAAGUUCAAGAGGAAUUGGGCUCUGCAUUUUGGCUUCUUGAUCUUCAUCUAUGCCUUUAUGAUCUCUUCCUCUGUUGUUCUCCUCUGUUCUUGACCGAUUUUUCCAUUCCUCCCUGCUACUGGAAUUGGAACGCAUUUUGAUUUUCGUCUUUUUUGUUUCCAAAUUCAUGCUUACAUAAUGCCAAUUACCAAUUUAUUUUGUUUUUGGGUAAUCAAUCUUGGAAAAUUUUUUUGAAUUUAGAAAUGCAUUUUGAAGUUUUGUUAAAGUAUUGUGAAGAAAGAGGUAGUCAAAGUGAUGGUUGAAGAAACAAAGGGGGGAUAAAUAGUUGAUUGGAAUUUCAGGCUCUGUGAAAUGUGAAAUACGAUGGUGGUCAAUGAACUUUAUGACUUUUGUGGAAGCUUUUCAGAGUUAAUGGGGGUCAUUUCAAUGCUUCCUUUUGGGUAAAUUUUUCAUUUUUAGCUUUUUCACUUUUUGUGUUUGAUUGUAAGA